AGGAAUGGAGUAUGAUUGGAUGCCGCUGAUGGAGUAAAAGACCAAAGCAGCUUGUGAAUUUUCUUAGUUGUCAUGGGCCCUUGGGGGUCGAUCCAGUGGCACCACUGACUCUCACAGAACAGAGCCGAGGACACAUGGAGGAACAACAACAAAAGAAAUAAACACAAGUGACGAGAAGUAGCUACGGACAACAAGGCUUUUAUAAGGAACUCUGCAAGAGAGACGGAGCGCGAGAGGCACACGGAGAGACACUCAACUGUGUCUCAGUGGCAUCAGACAGCCGAGACGCCGACCAACGAGAUCCAUCAAUACGUCCGUCCAUCCCUCCAUCCAUCCAUCUACCCAUCAUCUGUCCAGCCGGGCAGGAAAACCCAGAAAAAAAUGAAGAGACCUCACGACUACAGCUCACCAGACACAGACACAGAUGAGUUCAUUGACGUGGGACAAGAAGACGGCUACGGACCGGUCUCUGGGUCCAUGUCUCCGGGCAGCGCCUCGCAGAUUCUUGCCCGAAAGAAGAGAAGAGGGAUCAUAGAGAAGAGGCGCCGGGAUCGGAUCAACCACAGCUUGUCAGAGCUACGCAGGCUGGUGCCCAGUGCCUUUGAGAAACAGGGGUCCUCUAAGUUAGAGAAAGCAGAGAUUCUGCAGAUGACAGUGGACCAUCUCAAACUGCUGCAUGCCAUGGGAGGGAAAGGAUAUUUUGAUGCGAGGGCUCUGGCUAUUGACUACCGAACCCUGGGCUUCAGGGAGUGUGUCGGAGAGGUGGUGCGGUACCUGACCACGCUGGAGGGAGACGCCCCGGACCCUGUAGGAGCUCGUCUUGUUUCCCAUCUCUCCCACUGCGCGAGUGAGCUCGACCCUCUCCUCCUCCAGUCGCCCCCUGCCCUGCCCUUCCCUCCGUGGCCGUGGGCCUCCUUCCCCCAGUUAGCUCCCGCCUCCACAGCCCCCUCCUCCACUCCUUUCUCCGGUGGGCAGAGAGAGCUUGCCCUACUAGGGAGCUACCCGUCACACGCCUCCCUCCGCCUCACCCCCCUGGCAGGCUGCCAGCAAGUUGCACCGGCUCUCCUUGCGCCGACAGCUCUGGCCUCCGUCCACAGGCUGCCCUCCCUCGCAGCCUCACCGGCGCUGGCUUCAUCCAGACCCAGCCAGCCGUCCCCUCGCGGCACCACCAGAGCCUCACCUAUACCUCUUCCCACUCAUUCCUCCUCCUGUCCAUCUACCUCCUCUUCUACUUCAUCAUCUUCUGCCGCUCCGCAAGUCUCUUUCCGGCCUUUUGCGCCUCUGGGGUCUCCCCCAACCCAGCGCAGGGGCUUGAACGGAUCAGCCAAAGCAGCCUCGGGAUGGGGGACUGAGAUUGGAGCUUUCUGAUGAUCAACUGCAAUUUUUCUCUCCAAACAAACUCCACACAGCGGACAUGGACCUCACAUUUGCACUAUUCAGCAAAUACGAAACCCUGCGGGAAAGACACAUUGAACCUUUAAUCAUCGUCUCUGGUUUUGAGGGACACUAAAAGCCAUAUCAGAGAGUGGGAGAAGUUUCACAUCAUCACAAUCACAUAUGGUGGAACAACAAAAUAAUAAGAAUGAGUAGCUAGAUAAUUCACAUUCUUGCCUGAAAAAAAAAACACACAGAGCCAUAUAUGCAACAUUACAGGCAACAGAGAGGUUGAGUUGUUACUGAUCUUUGAACUGUGAUUUUUUUUUUUUUCUAAAUCAUUUAUACAUUUGAUUACAUUUUCCACUUCUGAAGAAUGUCUGACAAAAACAUCUAUAAAAACUAAGUGCCUUUGA